AAAAGUAUGUUUGUGUGUGUUUUUAGGAAGUUUUAGAAAUUGAAAGUGUAUGUUUAUGUUAGAAAAUAAAAUGUGUAAAAGUGGAGAUGUAUUUGAAAUUGUAUGUGUUGAAAGGUAAAAAUUUUGUGUUUUUGGAAAGUGUUUGUGUUAAAGUUUAAAAUGUGUAGAAAAGGUGCAUUGAAUAUUGAAGAGUUUAAAAGUGUUUUGUAAAGGAAGAGUGUGGAGUAUGAUUUUGGAUAUGUGGAAAUUUGCAAAUUGUAAGGGAUAAAAUAUUCGUUUUAUGAAAUUUGUGUGAGUUUUGUAAGAGUGAAAAUGUAUAUUUGGAAAGAUAAAUAGAAAUAUGGAACUUUUUAAAGAAAGCAAAAAUUCUCUUUCCUUCUCUACCUCUCUUUCCCCCUUCUACUUUUCCUUUCUUGUUGCCUCGGGGUAAAUGUUGGAAAGAUAUUCAAUAUACUAUCAAAAGUGAAAAGUUCGAAAGACAUUCAACCAAGCCGGUGAUCAAGCCCGAAGAAAGGUAUGUAUUUUAUUUUUAGUAAAUUUCAAUUAUGUUAUUAUUAUUUGUUAAAAGUGCUUCUAAUCCCUCUUUUCCCUAUUUUUCCCUAUUUUCUUUUCUUUAUUGGCAUAAACUACGAGGAAUGGUACUGGUCGAGUGGAAAAAAAGUACAAGGAGCUAAUGGCAUCAGUCGCCUCUAUCCAACCGGGUAGAGGUGCUACGGACGGAACCACCGGUUCGUAGCCCUCGUUGAUUGGUAUGCCUAUCUGUAUUGAAGCCGAGAUGUCUGAUUCUGAAAAUUUAACAGAAGUAAAAUCAGAAUUAGCUGAGGUCGAAGAAGAUAACCCGCCUGUCACUUCUUCUGAAGAGAUAGUGCAAAUCAAGCUUCGUCGCGACAAAGUAUUACCACCUUAUGCUUCUUCUGAAGAUAAAGGGAAACAAGUUGUUGACGAACCAGCGUCUUCUCUUCCACCUCAACCCGUUCCUUUUCAGAGUCUAAUUGAGAGUGGAAUGCCCAAGGUCGAUUAUAAUGUCCUAGCUCAUCUCAGGAAGCUGCCUGUCAAACUGAGCAUUUAUGAUGCCUUAAUUCUUUUCAAAGAAAUGAGGGAAGCGUUAAUCAAAGCUAUGUUAGAUCUAGAUAUUUGCAUGACCCAGUUAGCAGCUGCACAGCCUGAUGAAGCUCUUUGUUCCAGAGGAGUUCCUGAAAUUUCUUUUUCUGAUGAAGAUCUGUGUUUAGGAACGGCUGAUCACAACCAUCCAUUAUACAUAACAGUGAACAUAGAUAACUUCAGAUUGUCACGUAUUCUUGUAGAUCCUGGUACAUCAGUUAAUAUUAUGACUCUAAGAACUCUUGUCUAUUUGAGAAUAGACGUACAUAAGCUCAGCUCAGACAAGAUAAUCUUCCAAGGUUUUAACGAAAAUGGCGAGAGAGCUUUGGGUUAAGUUACUCUCUUGUUAGAGAUUAAGGAUUUUAGAACUGAAGCAAAGUUUCAUAUUAUAAAUGCUCCAACAUCCUUUAAUGCUCUACUAGGUAGACCCUGGCUUCACAAAUAUAGAAUGGUUCCUUCAUCCCUACAUCAGUGUAUCAAGUACAUCAGAGAUGGUACUGAGCACUGUAUUAAGGGAGAUUUGCAACCAUUCUCGAUUCAUGAAGUAGGAAUUUAUGAAGAUGCCGCCUAUUAUUUGCCUAAAAAGCAAACAGUUAUUUUCAAAGAUAUUAAAUUGGCCAAAAGUGAAAUUGCACUUGAAAAGAAAAAUGAAAAAGAAUAAGAAGAAAAAAGAGAAGAAGAAUAUCCCUGCCUCGAAGAUAGCAUUCGUUGGCAUCCUGCUCCUCCCACACAAAGAGGUGGUAGGAUGACCCAACGAGGGCGAAGUAGAGGCAGAGGAUGGAAAAAUCAUGAAAGUGCAAUGUAUGAUAACAUUUAAAAGCAAAACCCUACGAUACACAUUGAUUUAGAAUCUGGUUGAGAGGAUGAAUCAUAUGUACCGAAGGAUGAAAAUAGUAAUAAAAGGCCAAAAUUUGAGAUCUUUUUGGAAAAUGACAGUGAUGAAGAUAAAAUUCAGGAAAAUAUAGAGGAUGAUUCGAUUUGUCUACCUAUGAAAGACUUAAAGGAUAUGUCAAAACUUUAGCUCUAACCCCACUAUCUCAAGAUAGUGUAGCCGGGUUGGCAGUUAAAGUUUCACCUGCUUUGAGCGAUGAUUGUAAAACUGCUAAGUUUAUUCCUUAUUCUAGUAAAAAUAUUGAAACUGAUGUACACAUUGAUGAUCCUUUUAUGAAUGAAAUAGUGGAACUCCCUUUUGAUUGGUAUUCUUAUUGUGUUAAAAAUUUAAUUGAGCAAGGUCUAGCCCCAUCUACUUGGACUAAACGUCAAGCUCAGUCCUUUGAAAGUCUUUGGAAUACAGAACUCCAUAAACUAAAGUCAAGAGCAGGACUAGGCUUUAAUACUAUUUGUCCAUUUAAUGAUGAUGAUUAUUGCUUAGUGAUUACUAACAAUGUAGGAUCUUAUCAUCUUUUGGUAAAGGACAUUAAAAAUCUUAAUGAAUUUUAUUUAGAAACUUCAGAUGAUUCGAAUGAUUUUCAAUUUAAGGAUGCACCUCCUGAACUUGAAGAGGAAAUCCAAUCAACUAUUAACGAACUAAAAGAAAUUAACCUUGGUAAUGAAGAAAAUCCACGUCCGACAUUCAUAAGUGCCUUAUUGAAUGAGGAUGAGUCAAAUAACUUAGUCAAGUUACUUUCAGAGUUUAAGGAUUGCUUCGCUUGGAGUCAUGACGAAAUGCCCGGAUUAUAUCCAGAAAUAGCAGUUCACAAACUUGAAAUUCAACCUGACAUAAUCCCUGUCAAGCAAUCCCCACGACGCAUGCGUUUAGAAGUUGAACAAUAAGUGAUAACUGAAGUUAAGAAACUGAUUGAUGCAGGCUUUAUUCGAGAGGAGAAAUAUCCCUCAUGGUUAGCUAGUGUCAUCCCAGUAAAGAAGAAAAGUGGUCAAAUUCGCGUAUGCAUCGAUUAUAGGGAUCUGAAUAAGGCAUGUCCGAAAGAUGAGUUCCCGUUACCCAUACCAGAACUCAUGGUAAACAUUGCCUCUGAGCAUGAAAUUUUCUCUUUUAUGGAUGGUUCAUUUGGAUAUAAUCAAAUCAAGAUGGCUCCUGAAGAUGAAAAAUUUACUGCAUUCAGAACACCUAUAGGGGUCUUCUGUUACAAAGUCAUGCUCUUUGGACUUAAAAAUGCUGGUGCAACUUACCAGCGAGCUAUGACCCAAAUAUUUGAUUAUUUAAUCCACCAACAGGUGGAAUGUUACAUCGAUGAUUUGGUUGUCAAAAGUCACCAAAGGGAAGACCACCUUCAUGAUCUAAGAAUCAUUUUUGAAAGGUUGCACCGCUAUGACCUAAAGAUGAACCCCUUGAAAUGUGCUUUCGGAGUUACUUCAUGGAAAUUCUUAGGGUUCGUAGUGAGACAUCGAGGUAUAGAAAUUGAUCCUUCCAAAAUAAAAGCCAUCUUAGAUAUGCCACCUCCUAAAAGUUUAACCCAAUUAAGAUCUCUUCAAGGUAGGUUGACAUAUCUAUGAAGAUUUAUUUCUAACUUAUCCGGUAGGUGUCAAUCAUUUGCUGCUUUAUGUAAGAAAGAUGCCCGAUUUUAUUGGGAUGAAAAGUGUCAAAACGCUUUUGAAAAUAAAAAACAGUAUUUGUUAACACCUCUAGUCAUAGCAGCUCCUAUUCCGGGAAAACCUUUAAUACUUUACACCACAGCUUUAAACAAUUCUCUUGGCGCCUUGUUAGCCCAAACUAACGAGGCAGGAAAAGAGAACGCACUUUACUACUUGAGUAGACGACUCUUACCAACUGAAGCUAAUUACCCACCUAUUGAGAAACAUUGUUUAGCCUUGAUUUUUGCUGCCCAGAAAUUAAGACAUUACAUGUUAGCUCAUAAAAUCAAUCUUAUUUCUAGAGUCAAUCCACUCCAAUACCUAAUGACUCGUCCAACAUUGUCAGGACGUUU